AUGAAUUUACUAUGCGGAAUAAUAAUAGCACAUUUGCUUUGCUAUAACGUCGAGCUGCGGGCGAAAGAGCCCAAGCGGGGAUAUGGGCUGUUUGGGGGUCAGAACAAGUUGGAGUCUGCCUGGGGAGGGGAAGUCACCAUGGAGGAAGGACUACCACCAAAGGAUGACACUGAAGAAGGGGAGACGUCCCAAACGUUCGACGAGACAACCGCUCUUGAGGGGGAUGAUGGGCACCCGAACCUUAGAUCGACCUUUUCAUUCUUCCAGGGGAAGGGGCAAGAAGAAGUAAAACAGAACGCGCAGCAAAGACACGAGGGAAAUACACAGCGCGGGGACGCACCGAGUGACCACAAGGGGGAGAUGAAGCAUGCUGACACCUCCACCCAAAUAGCAACUGAAAAAAUCAUCAAGGAAGGAGAAAAUCUUUACAUAAAUGGAGGAAUCACUAAUUACGAAUAUAACAAUGACGAUGAAUUUUUUAAGGCAUUCCAUAUGGACAACGCUAACAAGCAAAUCGAAAUAAACAGUCCAUGUUUUAACUUAAAAAAUGAAAACGCAUGUGCGGAGAAUAGGGACUGUUUCUAUGACCAUUCUUAUCAGACAUGCUUCCAGAAUUGCAAAAAUUUGGGAGAAAGGGAAUGCUCCAGGUAUACGGAGUGUAAGUUGACCAUGAACGGAUGCGAAAAUGAAGGAUACCUCAACAUCAACGUGUUCGGCUCGGACAUCGGGUCGGACGUGCGCGCGUGCGAGCUGUUCAACUCGGAAGGGUCAUGUUACAUGAUGGAAGAGGUGUAUAAAAACUUUGGUAACAAAAAGAAGACGAACUUUAACUGCGUUUGGCUGUCCUACAAGCAUGAAUACAGGAAGCACAAGGAAGGGGACUCCGGAAAGAGCCAUAAAAAGGAACCACGUGAGGAGCGGGGAGUCGAACUUGGCGGAGUCAUUAACGUGAACAGUAAAAAUGGACAAAAAAGCGAAUCGGAUGGGCACCCCAAUUAUCAUGUACUCCGAACGGAUGGAUCGAGAAGCAUUGGUAGGGAUGAAGAGUUUCUGUCUCUACUGGAACUAAAAUCGAAGCCCAAGAAGGAAAACGCAAAGAAGGGGAAAGCGCAUGGGGAUGACGAAGACUACGACGAAGAUGAUGAUGACAACGGUGAGGGGCUGGAUGCAGAAGAGGAUCCAGAUUUUAACGACGUGAAUGAUGAGGAAGGGGCGGAAAAAGAGGAGGAUCUGGGUGGAGAAGAAGUAGACGAGAACGAGGGAGACGAUUUUGACGAAGAGAUGGAAAAGAAAAUGGGGAAAAGUAAAGGGAAGGAAGAAAGCAGCGAUAAAAUAGAAAGAAGCGGUGAUGGAGAAGGAAGCGACACGAAACUCAUGGAGGGAAGGGAACCAUCUGAUGGAGCUCCAACCGGGGAGAGCAUCCCCAAGGGAGAUGAGCUGCUAAUUCCCCCCGAAAAAUUAGUGGAGACACCAACGGAAGUCGUAACGGAGAGUAUUAUCGACGAUGCAGGCAAGGCGGAUCAAAAUGACAAGCAUGGUCAGGGUGGUCAGCAUGGUCAGGAUGGCCAGGAUGGUCAGGAUGGUCAGCAUGGUCAGUGCGGUCAGCUUGGUCAAGAUGGUCAGGAUGGUCAGUGCGAUCAGCUUGGUAAGGAUGGCCACGCCGACGCAGAAAAUGAUGAAUUCCCAGGAGACCACCCCACAGGGAAUGGCAAACUGGGAAGUCUUCCACACGAGAGAGACAUAUUAAAGCAUAACUUUAACAGCAGUAGUCAUGGAGACCAUUACGACGAAUGGAUAAGCGUAGAAACAAGCAUUUGUGCUAAUUUAAACGAAAGGCCCAACCCAUCCGCGCUAUUGGAAGGGGUGCUAAUUGCUGAAAACGAGGCAGAAUUGAGAAGCAUUAAAAAUAAAUAUAAAGUCACAGACAAUGAAAUCUGUGUUAAGCCUUCGAAUGAACCCAAUAUUUCUUUUAGUCCUAAAAAAAAUUUCUAUAUGUUAGGGGAGAAAAUAGAAUUCACAUGUCAAAAUGGGUAUAAGCUCGUUGGGACAACGAAUGUAGGCGUUUGCGUGGGAAGAAAUAAAAUCGUCCCCAACAUAAGUUGUGAGUCCUUAAACAACUUCGAUGAUGUUCAGGAGAACAUACAAAAGCUCAAUGGCAUGGUUAGCUCUGGGGUGAAUUCAGCCUUGUCAGGGUUCCUAGCCAUUGUGCUUUUCGUUGUUGGGGCUGUCCUCUCCCGGUGA